UGCCAGCCCAUCUUGCGAUUCUUACACUCAGCAACCUACGCAAACCACACAAUGGCACAGUUCCACCUGGCUGAGUGCUAUCUCAAGGGGCACUGCGUUGACCAAGACCACACCAAGGCCGUCGAGUUGUAUCGCAGACUUGCAGAACGGGGAACGACGCAGGCCCAAAUCGCACUUGGUCUACGCUAUGAGAAUGGUGAAGGUGUCGAUCAAGACUUCAACACAGCCAUCGAGUGGUACUCAAAGGCUGCAGAUCAAGGCAGGCCACAGCGACAGCCAGUUUGGAUUGGCGAUUGCUACCACCAUGGCAAUGGUGUAUCGAGGGACAACGGCAAGGCAUUCGUGUGGUAUCGCAAAUCGGCUGCUCAAUGCAAUCGAUAUGGACAGAAAUACCUCGGUGACUGCUUCACAGAUGGCUUCACUGUCCCCAAGAACAUCGACGCUGCCCUGUACUGGUAUCGCAAGUCUGCCGACCAGGGCCACGAAGGAGCGAUUUGCCAUCUC